AGCGGCCACUUCCCCCUAUUAAAGGCUACAGAUAGACAUUUUUAGCGUCCCAGUUGAGGAGAUACGGAUUGUUGUUUUUAAAACAACAACAACAACAACAAAAAACAAAAACAAAGAAGAAGAUUGUUUUUUUGUACUGGCCGGAUAUCGGUACGUUAAACGGAACUAUCAGUUGGAUCUGUUGCAUCGUUUCGGAGCAGUUCAUAACCGCAGUGAAUCAAGAUGUUCUACACAUGUGGCCCCAAUGAAGCCAUGGUAGUGUCUGGGUUUGGUCGUUCUCCUCCUCUGAUGAUUGCUGGAGGAAGAGUGUUUGUGUUCCCAUGCAUUCAGAAGAUCCAGAGAAUCACACUCAACACUAUGACUCUAAAUGUGAAGAGUGAGAAAGUGUACACCCGUCAUGGGGUCCCCAUCUCCGUCACUGGCAUUGCACAGGUGAAAAUCCAGGGCCAGAACAAGGAGAUGUUGGCCACUGCCUGCCAGAUGUUCAUGGGUAAGUCUGAUGUUGAAAUUACCGAGAUUGCCCUGGAAACAUUGGAAGGACACCAGAGAGCCAUCAUCGCUCACCUGACUGUGGAGGAGAUCUACCAGGACCGUAAGAAGUUCUCCGAGCAGGUUUUUAAGGUGGCCUCUUCUGACCUAGUCAACAUGGGAAUUGGUGUUGUCAGCUACACGCUCAAAGAUGUUCAUGAUGAUCAGGAUUAUCUUCACUCCCUGGGUAAAGCCAGAACAGCCCAGGUUCAGAAGGAUGCCAGGAUUGGAGAGGCUCAGUACAAGCGGGAUGCUGUCAUCAGGGAAGCCCACGCAAUGCAAGAGAAAGUGUCAGCUCAGUACAAGAAUGAAAUUGAGAUGGCAAAAGCCCAGAGAGACUAUGAGCUGAAAAAGGCAGCCUAUGAUGUUGAGGUCAACACCAAGAAGGCUGAGUCAGAAAUGGCCUAUCAGCUUCAGGUGGCGAAGACCAAGCAGCGCAUUGAGGAGGAAAAGAUGCAGGUUCAGGUGGUGGAGCGGUCCCAGCAGAUUACUCUGCAGGAGCAGGAGAUCAUCCGCAAGGAGAAGGAGCUGGAGGCCAAAGUUAAGAAGCCUGCAGAAGCAGAGAGAUACCGACUGGAGAAGCUGGCUGAGGCACAGCGCCUGCAGCUCAUCAUGGAGGCUGAGGCAGAGGCUGAGUCAAUCAAAAUGAAGGGUGAGGCAGAGGCUUUUGCUCUGGAGGCUAAGGGCCGUGCCGAGGCCGAGCAGAUGGUUAAGAAGGCAGAAGCUUUCAAGCAGUACAAAGAAGGAGCCAUGGUGGAGAUGCUGCUGGAGACACUGCCUCUGGUCAGUCUGACUCCCAUGGGCGGAUGAAGAGAUGGUGGACAG